AUGUCUUAUCAAAAGGAAGAUGUAUACGAAACAGAAGAUCUACCUGAAGAUGAUCAACAAAUGAUUGAAGAUGAUUUUACUGAAUCAGAAGUCGAGCGAGUACACAUCGAUGUUGAUAAUGCUAUGAAGCGUUUCAAAGGUCGUUUAUUAAGUGCAGAAAACGUUGAUUUCUCAGAUUCUGUUGCACGUAGAAAACGUUAUGGAUAUGGUGGCGGUUCCUAUGUGCUUGAAGUUGUUGGGCCAUAUGCAGAUGAAACAGAGACACUGGAACAGAAAUUCACUCGUUUAAAGUUGGAAGUUGAAGGUCUGGUAGAGGCUAUGCAGAUAAAGAAAGAGCUUGAAAAACCAAAUACAAGUUUUGUCGCUGAAGAAGAUUUACUUGCAAUAUUGGAAACACUGAAAGCAAUGCAGAUCCGUAGAGAUAACGCUUCACUUUAUUUUCAUAAUCUAGAAAAAGAUUGUAACGAUCCUGAAUCAAAUGCAGCCGUUGCCAUAAAAGACAAUGUUGUUAAUGGACGACUAGUAGCUUUAGAAAACCGAAUAAGUUGUUUGGAACAAAUGGUAAAUGGUCCAGGAGGUUCUGAAGAAUGCGAAAAAACAACAAAAGUGCCUAUUGCCGAGGCGGUUGAAGAUUUACGUAUGCGUGUUCAGUUGCUACAUCCAGCUCAUGUUGAUGGUCUUCAUUCACGUAUGACGCAGAUACUCUCCAAGUUUCAGCAGAUUGAUGAAAAGAAGAAGGAGAAAAGUGAUUCAGAAUUCGAAGAAAAAGUUAAUAAAUUAUAUGAGAUGAUGAACAGAUGGGAUACUACUUGCACUGGAUUAUCAUCUGCGGUGAAGCGCAUGCAUGAUUUGAGAAUGCUUCAUGAACAGGCAGAACAGUUUGGAGCGAAAUUGAGUUUGUUGACAGGAAUUCGCGCACAGCUAAUAAAAACAGUGGAGAGAGAGGAAAUGAUGUUAUUUGACUUUCGUCAGCAAACUCAUUCUGCUAUAGAAAAACUCUGCACAAAUAUUGAAAAUCUGGAAGAACGAAUCAAUAAACUGAAUGCAUAA